AUGUGUAAUAAAAAAAAAGCAUUAUAUAAAAUGAAAAGAUUUAACGGAACAAAUAUAGACAUAUUUAACUGUACUAAAAAAAAUAAGGAUUCAUUUCAUGUUACAUACGACUGUCAAAAAAGUUACAUUUUCUGUAAAACCAAUAAUUUUAAUAAUUUACUAGGCUUGCUAAUUGAAAAAAAUUUAUUUUAUUUUAAUUUUAUUUUAAGCAUAAAAUAUAAUGAAGAAAAAAAAAAGAAAAAAGAAAGUUUAAAAGAUAAUGGUAUAAUAAAUAAUACCAAAUUAAAUAAAUAUUGUCUUUCUCAAGAUGAAAAAAUAUACUUUAAUAAGAAUAAUAAAGAAAAUAAUGAAAAAGUGGACAACUUUUUCGAAGAAAAUAUUAAUAUUCUAAUAAAAAAUAAUUUUUUUUUUUAUAUAAAAAUUUAUAUUCAUAAUAUCUUAAGUAAUGUAGAUAUAUGUGCUUAUGAUAAGCCAAAUGAAACAUUUUUUGAAUUUUUUUACAUUUUUAAAAAUAAAAAAAAAAAAAUAUUUUUUGAAAAUUGUGAUGAUUUAUUAAGUGACUUGUAUAGUGAUGUGUCAAAUGUUUCUGAUGAUAGUGAUUAUAAUUACUUUUAUGAAAAAGCCAAUCAAUUAAACGAAUUAGAAGAAGAUGAAGAAUAUGAAGAAUAUAAAGAAAAUGAAAAGGAAAACGAAUUAGAAAAUGAAAAUCAUUUAGAAAAUGAGAAAGAAACAUAUAAUGAAAUUCAAGAAAAUAAUAUCUUAAAAAAAAAUAUAAAAAAAAGAAUAGAUACUCAUACAAAUUUAAAUAAAAAAUCGAAUAUAACAGAGUUUGAAAAAAGAAAUUCAAUUAUGUCAAUUGAUGAUGAUAAAAAGAAAAAAAAAAACAAAGACAAGAAAUUUGAAAAAUAUUUAUGCAGAUGUUGUAAAAAAAAGAUAAAAAAUGCGGAAUGCAAUUUUUCUUUAAAUAAUUCUAACGUUUGUUUAUUACAAAUAUUCAUUUCUAAUUUAACAAAAAACGAACUAUUAUUUUGGGUACAUAUAAAAGAAUGCAUAGAAAACUUUUUAGGAAAUAUAAAAUCAGUAAUUUUCCAUAAAGGGAUAUCGAACUAUGUAGAAAUACCUUAUAUUGAAAUUAUUGAUAAAUUAAAUAAAAUGAACGAAGAACAUUUAAAAUUCGUAAAAAAAAAAAAAAAAAUAAUAAUUUUAAAAAAAAAACAAAAAAGUAUUAAAUGCUUAUUUGAAAGGACACUAAAUUCUAUAAGAAUUUCAGUGAAAUAUAAACUUUUAUCAUCUAAUAAUAAAUUUAAUUAUUUAUUUAGAGAUAUAAUGCAAAAAUAUAAAAAGUUUAUGAGAAAAAAUAUUUUUAAUAAUAAUACUAUAGAAAACAAUAUUUUAGAUAAUAAAUUCAAUAACUAUAUCCAUAAUUGUUUGAAUCCAAUUGUUUUUAAAAAUAAUACAAAAAAAAAUUAUGAUUUUUCAAUUUUAAUUCAUAACAGUCAUUUAGAAUUAUAUGGAUAUGUUUAUUUGAGAAAUUAUAUAUUUUUUUUGUUAAUAAUGAUUGAGGUGUAUAUAUUUAUUAAUUUUAAUGAUAUUAAUUAUACUUAUUCUAAUAAUACAGAUAUAUUCCUUGAUCAAAUUUUAAAAAACUUAUUUACCUAA